AUGGAAGAUUUGGAAGUGAAAUCGAAUAAUGAUUUUAAUCAAGAAUAUAAAUUAUGUGUUCUUGGUCAAGGUGCAGUUGGAAAAACUUCUCUUGCAAUAAAAUUUGUUGAUGGUGUUUUUAUUAGUAGAUAUGAUCCAACUAUUGAAGAUGUUUAUAAAAAAACAAUUGAAAUCGAUGAAAAACAAUUUUCUGUAGAAAUUCUUGAUACAGCUGGAACCGAAAUAUUUACAGUAAUGCGGGAUUUAUAUAUAAGAAAUAGUAAAGGUUUUGCAAUUAUUUAUUCAAUUGCAUCUCAAUCAACAUUUGAUCAAGUUCAGCUUUUUUAUAAUCAAAUAAUGAAUAUCAAAAAAGAACAACCAGCAUUAGUACUUGUUGGAAAUAAAGUUGAUUUAUCAAAAACGGAGAGAAUUGUUCAUAGAGAAAAAGGUCAAACAUUAGCUGAUCAAUGGAUGUGUCCAUUUUAUGAAACAUCAGCUAAACAUUCUAUUAAUGUUAAUCAAAUAUUUAUGGAUUUAAUAAGACAAAUUGAUCGUCGAUUACCAUAUAUAAGAAAAGCAUCACGACAAACCGAUAUACCUUUAACUGGUAUUUCACCUAUUAAUUAUUAUUUUUGUUGUUCAUUUUUUACUCGAAAACAAAAAAAACAAAAACAAGAAAAAUAA